AAAUAAAGGGAUUAAGACAGAGGAAGGUGAGAAAAUUUCAAAGCGAGGUUCUCGGGAACUAAUCAGGAAGAGAAGGUGCGGAAUCGGAGAGAGAGAGCGAAGACGAAGGCGAUGUUCGAGAUGACCAUUUCUGGAAUUUUCAUGGUGCUUAUGCUGCUUCUCAUCUCCUUCCUCAUCAUCUUCGCUUGCAAGCCAUGGCGCUUCCUUUCCGGCCUCCGAUCCUCCAGCCUCUCCGCCUUCAAGUCUCUGCAGGCAGGGGAUCUACAAAGACCCCUAGUAUCUGAUGAUGGAAACUUGGUCCAAGGCCAAACCAGCGAGUUAACGAGGGAAUAUGACCUCGAGGGAGCUUGCUACCAAAAUGAAGGGCUUUUGCAUUCAUCUCUAAUAGAGGAAUGCGAUUACAAAGAUAGGAUUCCUUCUUCCUCUCCCCAUUUCAACCACGGCGAAAGCUUGGUGGUAGAAGUGAUUUCUGAACAUUUUGGGGACGUUUCGCUGGGCCAGACGCUUAAACAACAAGCUGAAAAAGGUCAAUUAGCAGAAGUGAAAAAGUCCGAUUGGCAGGAUAACCAAAGUCAAAAUUUGAAACAUGAUCGAGAAAGUGAUGGGCUUAGGGAGCUUUCUCUGAAACCGGUCAAAGAUAAGAGAAGUUGGCUGUCUUUGGAGGUCAUUUCUGGUCCCUCUAUUGGGCUUCAACUUUCUGUGGACUCCACAAGUACGAAGCUGCCCGUGAUCCUUGGGAGGGUUUCUCCUAGUCAUUUAUUAGUGAAAGAUGCGGAGGUUUCUGGGAAGCAUGCUCAAAUAAACUGGAACUCCAAUAAAUUAAAAUGGGAGCUGGUAGACAUGGGUAGCCUAAACGGAACAUCCUUAAACUCUCGGUCAGUUAGCCAUCCUGAUUCAGGUAGCCGACACUGGGGUGACCCAGUUGAGCUUGCAAGUGAAGAUAUAUUAACUCUGGGUACAACCACAAAGGUCUUUGUUUGCAUCUCAAAUCAGAAUGAGUAUCAGAUGCCCUUCAGGAUUGGCGUGGCCUCAGAUCCCAUGGCUUUACGUCGAGGAGGCAGGAAACUUCCAAUGGAAGAUGUUUGCUAUUACCAGUGGCCGCUUCCUGGGGUUGACAAGUUUGGCCUGUUUGGUGUUUGUGAUGGACAUGGAGGGUCAGAGGCCGCUCAAGCUGCAAGCAAAUUUUUCCCCGAGAUUUUGGCGAAUAUUUUGUCAGACUCGGUGAAAAGGGGUAAAGUAUUAUCACAACGUGAUGCUUCGGAUAUCCUUAGGGAUGCCUUUUCAAAGACAGAAGCUUGCUUGGAUCACCUUUAUGAGGGUUGUACAGCAACCGUUCUCUUGGUUUGGGAAGAUGGUGAAGAAAAAUUCUUUGCACAAUGUGCUAACGUUGGGGAUUCAGCCUGUGUUAUCAAUCUCGAUGAGAAAUACAUACAGAUGACCGAAGAUCAUAGACUGACUAGUGCUUCUGAGAGACUGCGGAUGCAAAAAGUAGGAUUGCCUCUGAGAGAUGGGGAGAGUCGACUCUUUGGUAUAAACCUUGCUAGGAUGCUCGGAGACAAGUUUCUGAAGCAACAAGAUAUCCGUUUCAGCGCCGAGCCAUAUAUAAGUGAGCCAGUACGACUUGAUCAAGCGAGAGAUGUAUUUGCUCUGCUGGCAAGUGAUGGACUAUGGGACGUGGUCAGUGUGAAGAAGGCUGUCCAGCUUGUUCUUAAGAUGAGAGAGGAGGGAGGAAGAGAGGAUGAGGCUGAGGAGAUCGCAAACAGUCUGUUGAGAGAGGCUCGGACAAUGAGGACAAAAGACAACACUUCCGUUGUUUACUUGGAUUUCCACAUCUGAUGUAUGUAUAUGCUCAAAAAAAAAAAAAAAAAAAAAAAACGAGGCCAGUCACUUACUGUUAGUAAUUUAGCAUCAAAACCUCAGGUUACAGAGUGUUAGGUCAAUGUCUAUGUUUGGUCUCGUAUCUUUUAAUCAUAAUGAUGAUGAUCCUUUGAAGCGUUC